GAGAGAGAGACAGAGACAGAGACAGAGACAGAGACACAGAGGUAGUCACCAUCACCAUCAAGUCUUCGUCUCUUUGUCUUGAGCAGCUUUUAGUAUUAACUCUUGAACAAGAGAUAUUCACAGAUUGAACUUGUACAGAAAUAAGAAUUACAAACUCAGCACAGAAACUGGUCGUGAGAACUUAUCAACAUGGACGUUCGGCUUGUGCUCGCUGUCGCUCUCCUCUUCAUCGUGACUGUGACGGCGCAAGGAAAUGUAGAAUUCUGGAGGACGACUGUCACACUGACCUGUCCAAAAGAGGGGACUUGGACCCUAGAUGAAAAAGACAAAAGCGACAUAGAAGAAAAGACCAAAGAAUACCAAUAUGAAAUCAAGCGGAACCCUCUGUCCUACUGUGAAUACAAUGAUGAUUCUGAGAAUCCUGUGAAUCCUGAGCCUAAAAUAAAAUACUUCUUCUACGUGAAGGGAAAGGUUUGUGAAAACUGCUUUGAGCUGGAAGGGACUUUGUUUUUGCUGAUCAUCAUCGUGGACGUGAUUGGGACGGCCAUAGUGAUGAUCGCGAUCUACAAGUGUGCCAAGAAGAAAGCCCCAAGCGGACCGGCGCGCCCUAAAGCUACUUCCCGCUCCGGACCGGCUCCACCCACUCCAUCGCGCGACUAUGAGCAACUGAACCCUCACACUCGCUCCCUGGAAACUUACUCCGUCGUGAACAGAACAGGAUAGAAGCCGCGUAAAAGACACGGACGAAGGCCGACGAGACGAUAAAUCAUUCUCCCAAAUGUCAAAACCAUCGAAUUUGUUGCCGUGGUACAAAAUGCUCACACAAAAUACUGAUAGGCAGCAAACGUACGAGGACCUUAGUUUGUGUGAGAGACUGCAGGUGUGAACGUGACCUUCUGAGCUUUGAGAAGGUGUCUUGAUACUUUGGGCACAAACAGAAUUGGUGAAGAAAAACGUAUGAUUCAAUAGUAUAAUAGCUCAUGUAAAUAGCUCUACAUUAGUGUUUAGUGGGAACUAAACUAGAAUAGAAUAGGAAACUUGUGACGUUAAUCGCUGAUGUUUAAUGUAUAAAUAUCUGCUGUAAUCUGAAUCAAUAAUGAAACGAUAGAGGAACCAAAGUCUCAGUUUAUUUAGAUGUACACAAUUAUAACUUCUAAUGAAAAUAACCAUAAGCCGCAGGGAUUACAAUAAAAAGUGACUUUAAUUGUUGUAUUGAGACAGUAACGCAACACUUAAUAAUUAAAACAAAACAAAAUGGUUGCUGAUUUAAAAGGAGACACAUGCUUUCUGUCGAUAAAUGUUUAUACUGAACCGUUAAUUAAUGUACUGUACAACCUGCACAAAGCCCUUGGCUCAUGGUUUGCUUUUGCUCUGUUCAUCGUGUCAUCGCGCCCGUGUCACUAAUAAAUAAACCGCAGCCAUCACA